UCGCCCGUUUCUCCCGAGUCGUAACUCAGAUGUCCGACAGAGCAUACAGACCGGCGCUUUAAUAUGUAUUAGAAUAGUAUUUAUCAUGUGAACUGUGAGUUUUCUCAGUGUCGUUCACUGUCACAACACCGCUGUCUGUCUGAAACAUGUCUGUACACAUACCGAUCACUGGCUGAACGACCAGCGCACAGACCUUCCGAUUAACGAUAACGACACGAGUUAAACAAACAAAGCACAGUCCCUUGGCUGUAUCCAAAAGUGUGCCGUCUACCCAAACAACUCUUUUGGCCGUCACGCGCGUUCCAAAAGAAUUCCUGAGCAUUUUAGGCGCGUUCCAAACGUUCGAUUUGUUCAGAACGCGCCCAUGAUGCCCAGAAACGCGGUCUCGGCAGGCAGCACUCUAUUUUUGAGACAGCCUCUGUGCGCUUGUGUUGGCUGUGCUCACAUGCCCCCGAUACCGCGAUGUUGUUGAUUCCCAGAAGAGGUGACAUCAUCGUUUCAGUGCUGAUCUGUUAGGAGGGGGGAGUAAACACUCUUCACAGCUAUAGCUGGCCAUGUACAGGUCUCGAGAUGGGUUGCUGUCGAGUUAAAGGCAUUGGCAAUGAGCAGAUUAUUGCCUUGGGAUCUGCACUUCUCAAUAACUUCAUCUAUGAACGAGUUCGUCGCCAUGGAAACAGUGAAGCUGAAUUAACCCGAAGUCAACUGAGUGAUGUGGAUCUGUGCGACCCCAGCCAUAAACGUCUUGCGCAGUGUUUGCAGCAGAUUGGAGACGAGCUGGAUGGAAAUGUGCAGCUGCAAAGUAUGUUAAAUGACUCCACUCUUCAACCAACUCGAGAAGUCUUCCUGAAAGUGGCCCAUGAGAUCUUCUCUGAUGGGAAGUUUAACUGGGGCAGAGUGGUGGCACUUUUCUACUUUGCGUGUCGGCUUGUCAUCAAGGCUAUUAUAACCAAGAUUCCUGACAUCAUAAGAACCAUCAUAAACUGGACUAUGACCUACAUUCAGGAGCACGUUAUUAACUGGAUCAGGGAACAGGGUGGAUGGGAGGGAAUCCGCUCCUAUUUCGGAACCCCAACAUGGCAGACUAUUGGCGUUUUCCUGGCCGGGGUGCUCACCACGGUUGUGGUGAUCCGCAAAAUGUGAAAAGACUGGCAGGAAGGUGGAGAGCAAGAGAAGAGAGAGUUGAGACAAAGGACAGAGAGUGAAACAGACCAGCAAAAGAGAACAGAAAGGAUGAGGGGGAAGAGGAAGGGAUUUGGAGUAGAGAUGCACAGAAAAAGACAAAUAAGAGAGUUGAAAAUGGCCUCAACUAAUCAAAAGAGAGAGGAGGAGGAAAGAGUGAGAGUCCAGCAUGAUGCAGAUGUCUUGAGCACUCUUGUUACUCCUGAGCUUGUGCUCUUUCUCAUCUACAACUUUAAAACUUGAUAACAUUUGCACUGAAAAUCAGAGAUUAUCGCGUAAGAGUUCGGGGUUAGGCUUGAUUUUAGCUAUUUAUUUUUAGUUUGGGCUUGUGGGUGUCUAGGACAUAUUUCCUCAUUAUGUUAUUUUUAUUUUUCAUCCUUGCAUGCGAUAAAUAGUUAUGAUAGCUUAUAAAUGGAAUUAUUAUUAUUAAUAUAUUAUUAUUAUUAUCGUUAUGAUAAAAGCAUAAUUGUAUCUUGUCUUAUUGUCUUUUUUUAGCGCAUUGUUAUCUGAAAGGGUAGAAAUGGGUUCAGACUCUAUUCUGCUGAUAUUUUAAUUUCCUGUCUCUUCCUCAUCCUCCUCGUCUUUUUUUUUUUUUCCACUGUCUCCUUUAGUUCUUCACGGUAGGGGUUACAAAGUGUCUGUGAAGUUGAUUGUACUUGAAGGUUUAGCCUCUUAAGAGUUCAUGAAAUGUUUGCAACAGCAUUUGAGAAGUGCAGUCAACCAAUCAGCACUCGUGUUCUGGUUUGUGGGCGUGUCUUCAUCAGCAAGCCCCUCCUACGACAGGGAUGGACAAUACUAGUGACUCUUAAAUGAACUGAACUUCUCUGAGCCAUGAUGAGCGUGUUUUUUACAGAACCAAAUAUUUUCCUUUUCUAAAAAUUCUUUUGGAUUCGACAAUCCAAAGACUUCAGAUGCAGGUGCAGAUUCUUUGGCGUAAAGCAGUUCGCUUGGCUUGAGCUGGUGCAAACAUUCGGUCUUGCAGGAAAUAUCAUGCCGAAUAGUUGAGCUUGUCCUCUCAGCAAGGUCUUCUCAGUACUGUAUUUUUAAGAUGGUUGGCAAGACCCACAAUCCUACAUUUAGUUGCAAUUGUUCUUUUUUUUAUAUAUAUACUUGUUUAUCUUUUGGUUGUUUGGGUACAGUUUCAUAUUCUUUUAUUUUAUGGUUCUUUCGUUGACAGUGCCUUGGCCUUUUUAUAUUAGCCACCACUUUUUCAUCUUUUUCUACAUCUUUGUAAACCGGUAUAAAAUUGUGCACCCUAAGGCAGUCUGUCUACUGUUUGAGCCCAUGAGUUUGUUUUGUAAGCUGUAAAAUUAAACAAUAAAUUGUUUUUAUGUAUUUCAA